AUGCUGAAGUCUGACAAAAAGGAAAAAGAAGCAUCGAACCAGUCUUCUAUUGCACGAAAGAACCAGUCUUCUACUGCUGGUGCAGCUGAUAGUGACGGACAAACAAAAACAAUGCUUUUAAAAUCAGGGGUUUUAAAGUUUUCGAAAUUAAAAAUCUGUCAUUUAGCUAUUCCAAAUUUAUGUUCAAUUGGAGUCAAAAAUCAGUUACAUGUAAGACUAAACUUUUUUUCUCAGAAAACGAAAACUCGGAAAUUGGAUAAACUUGUCUCUGCAGAAGCCCUAGAUGGGGGAAAGUUGAGAGAAGCUGCUAAAAGAAAAAAUGACCAAAAGAUUCUGAUACACAUUGAGGACAAAGAUUGUGUUGCCCUUGAAUUCAAGAAUCACAGGUGUUGCUUCUCCAUCUAUACCUCAUUUUUACGACAUGAAACAGCUACACCAUAUCAAAAUAUUUUGCAAUAUGGUUCAAGAUUGUAUGCAAAGUCCUUUGAUUUAUUAUGUGAGAAGUUUAUUAGACCUAAAAUAAUAGAGAAAGAAAAAACUAUUACAUGGCAGCAAUCAAAUACACAUUCUACACCAUAUCAAAAUAUUUUGCAAUAUGGUUCAAGAUUAGAAAGAAAAAACUAUUACAUGGCAGCAAUCAAAGAAAAAUUUGUUCAGACUGUCAAGCAGGUAGAAGGUUGUGAUGCUUCAAGUUAUUGGAUAUUUCGUUUAAAAGAAAGGCUAAUUGAAAUGUUUCUGCAGCUGAUAUUUGACACACCAAAGAAAAGGAACAAAAGUGAGAUAGUAUAUGUUGAGGAUAUAAGUAAAAGUAGUGUUGCUGAGACCUACCUUGAGAAAACUGAAAUAACAAUGACAGAGUCAGAUGACAACAGUGAGGAAGAAAGUGGUUUUGAAGUUCUAAACCCAGGUUUUGUGUUAAGAGUUCAAGCUUAAGAGAAAUAUAUUCUGUGGCCCUUUCAUUAAGAGAAAGUGUCAUAAACACACCUACAAAAUGGUAUGAUCAGUGGCCCCCUCUUUCUUCUGACAUGUCUUGCAAUAGGGUGUGGAAAGUUGUGCUACAUCUUUUGUUCAAUUAUCUUGCAUGGAUGGUAGGUUUUUCAACAGAUCCAGAAGAAGCCACAUUUGUUGAUGUUGAUGAGAAGGUUUCUCCAAAACUGUUUUCAGUUUGCCAAGGUUCAAUCUUUAAUGGCAGCAGGGGAAAAUACCAGACCCCAAAGCUACUGCUUUGAGACAAAAUUCUGGCUGUUCAGGGUUAAUAACACUCAUAAAUGAUUUAGGGCUGUUGUGAAAGACAAUGACCUCAACCAUUCUUUAUCUACAAUAGUAUGUGUGCUAUUGAGUUUGCUAUUGAGUUUGUUGCUUUUGUUUAUGUUAGGAAGAGGUAGUGAAGCAGACCCAUGUUACAAAUGGUAUCAUAAUACAAAAGUAUCUGAAGAAGCGCACAGGAUAGGUGCAAAUAGCAAAAUCACAAUGAUCUGAAAACAUGACUUACAUAGAUGCUAUUGGAGCCAGAAACACCGAAGUUUCAUGAAGUUGCCCUUAAUGAAAAGCUCAACACAUCAAGUGAAAAUGCAAAACAAAUCGAUUUUGCUUUUGUAUGUAGCAAAAGAUGGAGUUUUGUUGCCAGGAUGGAGUGGUUUCAAAACAAUGUUGUGCCAUAACAACAUACCUGAGGAAUCAAGAUGCAACUGCAGUAUGCAGUUUUAGUCUUUGAUUAAGGUGUUGUGCAGGAACUUAGGUGGAAAGAGAAAGAGUGUUAUGAUCGUUUUGUAGUGAGACUUGGCAAGUUCCAUGCAUAUCUGUCGUAUUUCUCUGAAAUAUCCAAGGUUUAUGAAGAUGCAAGUCUCAAUGUAAGUAUUCUUUCAGUAAAUUAAUCAGCCAUUAUGUAGGCAGUACUCUGAAAGUCUCUGAAAGUGGCUACUGCCAUACAACAGUUUCUUCUUGAAGGGAAGGUGAAGCAAUUUCAAUUUAAUAUGCAGCAAACAAUUGACUUGUAAUAUAAACAAGUACAAUUCAUUUGGACGGAUAUUUCCAUUGAGUCUGGGAUCAUCAGCAAAGGAUCUAGUAAUGGGUAAAGUUGAAGCAUUCCUAGAAAGAUUUGAUAAAGUCAAAGAGUCAACACAGUUGAUUUUAUCUCAUGCAUGUCGGAGCCUUUUUUGACGACCCACUCAAUCAUUAUGUCAAAUGUCCUGUUUUUCAAGAGCUUUGUGAUAAGUUCAACAGCUUUGUAAUGGCCUCAUCAUCAAAAUCAAGAUUGUUUGCUUUCUGGAGUAUGUACAUCAGGCUGAAGGGUAUGUGUGAGAUUUCAACAAACUGUGGUUUGCUGAUUAUAUUCAUCAUGUGUGAUUUGUGAUAUAUUUCAAUGUUCCAUAGAGUUUAUUGGUGUUAAUUUUAAUCUCAAAACCUUGAUAUUAGUUGUGUAUAAUUAAAACUGCUAAAUUUCUUAUCAAAACAGGGAUCUUGUUACAGUUUAUCAGAGCUACAAGGUUAGUUGACUGGAACCUUCAUUUGUCAGCCUUCAGGGCUAUGUUGCCAUAGUAUUUUGCAUGCGACAGAAAAAAUAUUCCAGAUAUGGAUCAGCCUAUUGGAUUGGGAUGAAGACAGUGGAAAAGAACCAUUCAGGUUUGCUCUCAUACUAGUCUCUUUGUCUAAGCCAUGUAGCUUGCUGAGUGUAUGCAAUUGUUUCAUGAAAUGAACACAGUGAUCUGUGGUCAAAGCUUUCUCUGUAACAAAAUUUUAACAUCUUGAUUUAAAAACCAUAAAAUUAUUAAAAGUUUUCAUCGAAAGAGUUACAUUGUGGCAGAAAGUCGGUGUAGAAUGGUGAAUGAAUGACAAAGGGAAUGUUAUUUUUAAUCAAUGAUUCUGUUGAAAAGAUUUACUCUGUCUGUAUAGCAGCAGUUUUAAAGUAAUAAAACCAUAAAAUUUUGACUAGUUAAUGAAAAAACCAAGCUGAUCAAUCGAGAAAAGCGACUUUCAAAUGACGUUUGCGUAGAUUUAUUGCAUAAAUGUUUUCAAGUAUUUUAUUUCAAUUCCCAACUUUUUCGUUCACCUUAGGAGUAUUUUAGGAUAAAUGUUUGCAGUGUAUAGUGUAAAAAUCGUCAUCUUUAGGAUGCUCUCAUUCAAAGAGUAUUUAGAAUAUAGAGAAAGUUCACAACAAAAAUUUUCUCUUACGUCUUAUGAGCACGAUCACAGAAUAGAAAUAAGGCAGAAGGGUCACUACGAGCUUUUGCAGUGGUCAUGGAUUUUCUUGCGCAUGCAUCAUUGAAAAGGAGGUUAGAGGUGGAACAUUCCUGGAAAAUAUUGACGCAAGUAGUAAACUUUCCUUUUUCUGGAACUUCGCAAUCGAUAAAAAUGCUGGCCUAUCAGACGAAACUUGUCAAAGAUGUUAAACGUAGUGGGACAGGUGCUUACUGCGCUGCUGUUAACUGCAAUAACAAAAGAAAGUCAUGCCCCAAUCUUCAGUUCUACUGUUUCCCAUAGGACGAAAGCCCGUGAGUAGGCCUAAAUUUAAUUCGCUUCAACAGGAUCUUCUUGUUUCAACGUAAAACAAUCAAACUUUUUAAAAAAAUUUAUUCAAAUUUAUUGAUUAAAAGAUCUAUUUUACUUUAUAGAUGCAGAAAAAGGGUACAAAAUAGCAGCAGACAGGAUCUGCUAAAGAAGUCAAUGGCCUACUUAAACAAAAAUUGCUACAUUUGUUCCAAACAUUUUGAAACAGAAUUUUUGCCAAAUUUUUGCACAUGGUCCCUAUUAUCCAAAAAUGCAUUCCCCACCCUUUUUGAUGUCCCGAAUCCCCUGCCAAUAGCUGGAAGUAAAAGAGCCCCCGUAAAGCCAAUGCAACCAGUCAAACAUUAAAAUAUGCCUUCAUCAACAAAUGGAGAAAAUAACAAAUAUUGUCAGUUCUCCCAAACCCCUGCCCAACUUACUAUAAACACCCCAAGGAAAAGAAAACUCAGAUCCCUUUUGAAGAAAAAACGCAACAAAAUAGCCCUUUUAUCAGAGAAAAGCCAAGGAAACAUAUCAUAUGAAAUCAAGACACCAAAUUUUCUACCAGUUUUUCAAAAAUUGGAAACGAUAUCCAAUAUUUCAGAAAGUAGCCAGUUUCAGAAAAAAGUAUUUCAGAAACGACAAUGAAACUGAAACUAAAAUUAAAACCCCCAACCCACCUACCCAGGAAUCAAAUUUGGCUAGGGACAGAUUGAAGUUUUGAAGAAAAGACGCAACAAAAUAGCCAUUUUAUCAAAGAUUCAUUUUAUCAACAAAAUAGCCACUGUCAUUUGGAAAGAAUCUCCGUUCAUCCUCCCCCCUCAAGAAAAACAAGAAGCGUGCAAUGAAGGCCUUAGAAUUACUAGAUGGAGUUAUUGAAUAUCAAAAUUACUUCAUAAUUUUCUAAAAUGUGAAAUCAAAUUGUCCUCUCGGAAACCAAAAGGUUGUAGAUAUGAUGCUGCUUUUAAAGCAUGGACACUCAAUUUGUACCAUAUCAGUGGGAAAUCAUAUAGAUUUCUUGCUGAAUUGCUCCAUUUACCUUCCAAAAGAACUUUUACUCGAAUGGUCUCUAGAUUUGCAUCUGAAACUGGUUUUUCAGAGCCCUUGAAUCUCCCACCUCCACAUCUGUCAGAGCUAAAAAAAGGAAUAAGGUUCUUCUCAUCCUUAAAAUUUUUAACAGAGCCACAGGUGAAGAUCAAACAGACAAUUUGAAGUGUUUGACUGGUUGUAAAGUCUCUUUAAAGGCUAUUUUGUCCCUGUGGAAAAAAUUAUACCAUGAAGGUAUUGCAUCUUUUUUAGUUACGAGGCAACUAAAUCAAGAUCCUCUUGAAAACUUCUUUGGCUCUAUAAGACAGCAAGAUGGUAACAAUGAUAAUCCUACCUCUGUCCAGUACAAGAAUCUUUUUCACUCAAAUUUGCUACAUGUUGCCAGUGGCAAUUGUGAAGAAGACAAAGAUGAGCCUCUAACAAACUUACAGUCUAAGGCAUUGCAAUUAAUAUCACCAGACUAUAGGACAGAAAAUAUUCAGAGCCAUAUCAUAAGUGAAAAUGCUAUCGCCUAUGUGGCAGGCUACUUUCUGAGGAAAACCUUUAAUAAACAUAAAUGUGAUACCUGUGAAAAGGCUGUGGUGAAUGAUACCACUAAAAACAUCAGACAUAUUGUUUUGCAUUUUAAAUCUUAUGAUGCAAAUUCCUCUACUCAUGAAGGACUGAUAGUGCCCUCUUAAAGUAUGCUCCAGUACGUUGUUGAAUUGGAAGAUCAAUUUGUAGGCUACUUUUCCAGCCAAAAAGACAAGAGGAGUUGGAAAUGAGCUUCUAGACAUCCUGGAUAGAGUCAUUAUUCAACAACCAUGUGCUUCAUUUGCAAAAAAAUAUUUUCUUAUGUGCGUAUAUAUUAGAAUGCGUAUAUAUUAUUGCUCAAAAUUUGCAAACAGAGAGUUAAAGUCAUCAAAAAGGAUAAAAUAGAAAAUAUUUAAAAAUAGUCCAUCUGUAGAUCAGAACUUCUUUGCAUCUUCACAAAGCAUUACAUUAUUUGAAUUAUUAACAGCAUGAUCCUAUGCAAUAUUAUAUUUUCUUUUAUCAGUUAUCUUGCGGGUAUGCAGGUUAGGGCAAUGAAUCUAACAAAGGAGACCUGAGGUGCCUCCUUUCCUCUGCUAGCCUUGGGGUUGUACUGUGGGCAAGUGCAAACUACCUCUUCAGCCUCCCAAGCCAGGGUAACGGUGAAGAAAAUCAUCCAUGGCCCAUUUGCUUCUUAAAUUGUUUCCUGUAACUGUAAGUAAAACCUAUUAUUAUCUUGUACCAAUUACAAGAUUUAAAAAAUUCACUAACCACAAGUUUCUGGUCUACAUUUGACACACAUCAACAUUAUGAAAUCAUAAAUGUUACUAGUGUUUGUUCUAGCUGUACUGAUGAGCCCUGACAUUGGGUGAAACUGGGAAAUUCCUUGCCUAUAUCCACCAGGGGCUGAGCCAAAGAAAGGGCCAUGCCCCCUCUUUUUACAGCAAGAUACCUUGUUUGUUAAUGAUUAAUGCCAACCAUAUCUAGAUGAUAGCUCAUCAAUUUUAGUAUAAGGUGUGUGUGGAGUGAAAUAUUGUACAAAAUUUAAUCAUUUUUGCAAAGCUAAAUAACAUUUUCGCUUCAAGGGUCAUCAUCCUUCUUUAUAAUUUAUGCUCCUCGCUGUUUGUGUUGUUCCUUUCUUGAUGUUAUCGUUAUAUUUCAUCGCAUCAGACGGAGCAUGAACUGUAUAACACAAUUAAGCUAGAAUUCGCUAAAAUUUAAAAAAUCAUCAAAAUUUAACCAUAAAUGACAUAUGUUGUGCUUUCUGAAUGAUUCCACGCCAUUUACCAACUCAAUUUCUAACUUUAAAAACUCGAAGCUUCUACGCGCGCUGUUUUCUUUCCAGCGCCAUUCUGAUCGUUACCUCGGAACCGCAAAAGACAACAACAAAGGUGCCGAUGUGACUGUCCCUUCUGCCUUAUUUCUAUUCUGUGGCCAGAUUCAGUUAAAAUCUUUGAAAUCUAUUGUAACAGAUUUUACACUGGGCAAUUUUAGUGGGUAGCGCUAAAAUAAAUAAAAGUGGCCUUCGUAUGCGUUUGUUUACAGUUUUUCGUUAUCUGAUUCGUCAUAACUCGGGGUGUGUCUGCUGUAUAAACCAAUCAAAGAUUUGAAGCUCAUGCUUGCAAAAGUACUUGUCAACGAACAGAAGACUAGUCCCCUACCACACCCGCUACGCUGGCAGCCAAAUGCCUUACGGUUGAAUAUUAUGAUUAGCCUUGGAAAGACAACAUUGUGAUAAACCUCGAUUCUAAAAUGAGGAGAGGUCCUGUGAUAAGAAAAUUACUUGCACUCCUGUGCGAAUUAUAUUCGCACUUUUGUGACUAUUGCUAGGAAGGGGGAGCCUCAACCCCCUCUUUCUUUUAAGGCUCCUCCCUUCCUAAAGUGUUAACACGAAGGUUAAUACCAAAUAACAAGAUAGCAGAGCAAAUUGAUCUUGUUUUUCUUCAACGUUCAUCUUUAGAUACUGCAACAAAUCCUAAGAAUAAGCAACUGGGGAAUUAGCAAUAGUCUCGCCAACUGUUCCAUCGAGCAAGGAUUUUGAAGUAAACAGAUGCCAUGGAUGAACUGCCAAAGUUGAAGAGAACCUGCGGAGGCCACAGGAGUUUUGGUCGAGGCUGCCAGCAAGAGCUCAACCAAAAGAACAUUUAGAGGCUCUGAAACCACUUGAUGAGAAAAUCCUCAAUUCAAUGGUCAGCAAGGCAAGAGAUGAUGACGAAGCCAAGGACGAGUUAACCAGGAACAUAGAGAAAUGCAGAAGCUUCAAAGAAAAGGUAAAUUUGGCAAUUAUUACCAUUAAGGACUAUUUGAAACCCUUUUAUGAACAUCAACUCCAAAAUUAGGACGAAGCGGUUCUCAAAUUUCUAUAGACAGUUCAAGUAGCUCAUCGUCAUUCCAUAAAGUAAAAGCCAAACUGCCAAAACUAGAGCUGAAAAGUUUUGGAAUGGGGUUUUCACUGCAGUACAUGGAAAUUUAGAACUUUCUGUAGCCUCUAAAGUUGCCAAUUAAAGGUAUUAUCUUGAAGAUUCAGGGAAACAAAUUAUUUCAAGAUUCGAGUUGACAGAAAAACAUUUUCAAGCUGCAUUAGAUUUAUUGAAACAUUGAUUUGCAAAAUCAUCUUUGAUUGAAAAGAUGCAAAUGAAGAAUCUUAUCAAUGCCCCAGUAGUAUUUAAUGAAAGGAAUGUUCUUAAAAUGCAUGAAUUAUAUGAUUCAAUUGAAACACACUUAGAGGGUUAGAAGUGCUUGUUCUUUGCAACAAUAGUUAUACCUUCAUCAAUUGAAAUAAUACCUGAGAAUAUUAGAUUAAAAAUGAAAUAAUCAGUUGUUGAAAAAACAUUCGACUCAAUGGCGAAUAAAGGAAGUAAAGUUGAUUUGUGUACGUUCAAAAAGUGGGGAAAAGAUAAUGUGAUUGGUUAUAAAGUAGAGAAAGUGGGCAGUCGCGAGCUUGUAAAUUUUGUUCGGUGUAAAGGCAGAAUAUCCAUUAGAGGGAAUCUCUCAAAAGCCAGCGACCAGCGAAUAGUGCUCAUGCGCAUUAAAUAUUUUCACACCUUACGACUGGUCGCUGCGGUUUGCUCAGUAGUUAAGUUCUGUUCAACUUCUCAGCGAUCGCCAGCGAAUAUUCACUUGCCAGGACUUCAUCAACCAAAAUUCAAAAUGGUGCACUUCAAUUAUAAACCUGUGAGAGCACAGAUGUUGGCUCGGGAUUGCUUUCUCUGGACUUAAUUUUAGCAUUUCGAAUGAAGUUGAUGAGCAUUCACAACAUGAAAGCUCGGAAAUUGGUUCUGGAAAUUCUUCGCCGCCAGCCACAGACAUCUUAGGCCAUCUCACACAAGUGACCCUUCGUGAAAGCGAAGCUCAAAAUGAAAGAAUUUUUGAGUCUAGACGGAGCCUAGAAGGCGAUUUGAUUAAAAUAAUGAAAGAUUAUCGGUGUGUCUGGGAUGUAUCAUGUAGAGCGCUCAAGGAACAUCCAAAGAAACAACAGGCUUGGAAGGAGAUUGCCAUGAAGCUAAAGCAAGAUGGUGAGCCUGCUUUCCAUCGUCUUUCUUCCAUUGGAUCCUUAAAUAGCCUUAACUGUUUUUGCGAAACAAGCAGAUGCUGAUCAGUAUCAAAUGCUAAAACAUAUUCCAAACAAAAAUCGAAGACAUGGAUAAGAAAGCUUUCAAACACUGUUUAAAGAAGACAACACUCUCUUUUCCAAAGUAGAAAUUUAACAGUUCCUUAGUUUUUCUUGUGAGCCUUAGACCUUUAAGAGUUUCUUAAAUUAUUGAAAUUUUUGGUGGGACCAUGACUUUGAAGUCUAUGAUGGGUUUAGGCUCAUGCCAAUCACAAGGUAAAAUUUGAACAUUGUGGGUUUAUGAACUUGUUUUUUGGGUUGCAAUUACCAGCAGUAGAUUUACAUUUUAUGUUUCUCUCAUAGAGAAUGUACUGAAAAAGGAUUUGGAUUUGGAAGAACCUACGGGACAACUUUUCCAAAUGUGUAAAGAAAAGAGAGCUAUUAAGCAGACCUGUUGUAGGUGCAACUGAGUUGCCUUGUGCAAAUUUUUUAAAGAACUUCAAUUUUUGAAAGAUAAGGUUUCAAACAGGGUUACACAUAGCAACCUUUCAAUCCCACAACCUUCACUGGAAAAAAAACUGGUGAACUUGAAUUUACUGAUGAUAAAUCCUCAAGUACCCAGUGUGGGAACACAUGCUCCACUCCAGAGCCUAUGCACAGUGUUGCAGAAACAGCACGAAUGAAAAGAAAGAGAACUUUUGCAUCGAGGGAAAGGCAAGAGACUUACAAUGAUCAACCAUCAAUAAGUUCUUUGGAUUGCCCUAAUUCACAAUAUCUUAACAAUCAUAAUUCACAAGAAAAUAUUGCAGACAGAACAGAAAAACUAAAAUCGAGAUUCAAAAACUUUUAUUUGACAUUGAAUUUAGUGAAGAUUAGGUUUUAUUAACAUAUAUGCACACAUUUCUAUUAAAAACUGUAAUACUUAUUACCAUCCAUCUUAAAAAACUACCAAAAAAUAGAAAUAUCGAUAUACUUUUUAGUAACUCAUUUCAUAAGAAAAUUACCCUGAAUAUGCCAAAAUGCUAAGAUGAAGUUCAGAAAAUCUCCAGCCUCAAAUUUUAUAUCAAAAUAAGAAGUUUGCGUAUAUCUGAAUAAUAUGUCAUGAAGAAAGAGAUCAAAUGACUGAUGGGAAUUAUGGGUUUUAGAAAGAUUGUUUUCGAGAAAAUUACAAAAAACAUUUUUAAGAAAAUUUAAAUGUCAUCUGAAGUGAAGUGAUUAGCUAAAAAGAGCCAUCACUGAAAUUUUCUAUCUUUCUCUCUUAGAAUUUGCACAUUUACCUUUAUUUAAAAUGCAUGUUGUAACCCUUCAGACUUAAAGAAACUCGGAAUAUUUUGAGUACAGCUUUGGAGCUCAGCUUUUUGUGAAAAAUGUGUGUAUAUGGAUAAACUUGAUAUGUUUCUACUGAUUUAUAUUCUCUUACUGUUUGUCAAAAUAAUUUUGUGUGCUGUCUACUUUUUCAAGCUGCCAUGCCAGAGAACCAUCUUUCGAAAAAAAUAGUCUUUGAAGUCAUCCCUUACUUGUUUAGCAUCCUUACUUGAAUUUGUUGACCCAAUUUGAUUGAUAUCAAACAAGCCAUUGUCAGGCUGCCAUUUAUAAAACCUGCAUUAGAAAAAUAAACAAUGUAGCCCAGGCUGUCUUCCUCAGCUCUCCAUCCACCUGGUCUGACAGAUUUUGCUGUGUCAUCGUCAGCAUAGCCUGCAGGGAAAUACUUGGUUCCACUUUCAUCGUUUCUGCUGUGAAUGAGGAAAUUAUGCAGCAUAACGGUAGCUUUUGUGAUCUCUACACAAGUUCUGUCUUAGCUAUGAUUGGCCUUCGAAAUAUCCGAAAACCUAAAGCAGCAAUCCCAAACGCAUUCUCAACAACUCUCCUGGCUCUGCUGAUUCUGUAGUUGACCACACGCGCCUUGAUGCCAAUAGAUGAUCGUGGGUAACGUUUCACAAGAUAGGUUUUCAAUGGGAAUGCUUUAUCUCCUGUAAACACAUAUGGGAAGUGCUUAUUUGAGCUUGGGAAUAUUGGUCUUGGUGCAGGCAGCCCCAACAAAUCAUUAUUCAUGAUAUAUCCUUAAUGCCCAUUAGCAAAAACUCCACGAUCACUCUGCCUUCCUGCUUCACCAAUGUCUACCAUGGUAAAUUCAUAGUCGCUGUUAACAACAGCCAUGAAGACAAUACUGUGAGUGCCCUUAUAGUUAAAAAACGUGGAACCAGAACGUGGUGGGGCUUGCAUCACCACGUUUGCCAUCAAUUGCACCUACACAAUUAGGAAAGUUCCAUUUAGCUUCAUACUUCUCUGCCAUUUCUUUCCACUCUUGUUGAAUGCUUGGGGCCUUGAGUAAGCCACUCUUCAGAAGAAUCGACCAAAUCGUUUUACAUGUUUCCAUAAUUAUUCGUCCAACAGUUGUAGGACUCAUACGAUAACUCAUGGCAAUGGUAGAAUGUGAAUCGCUGGUGGCUAGAUGACGUAGGGUAACAGAUAAUCUUUCUUCUGGACUAGCUGGUUCCCUAUUUCUACAAUUCUUCAUCAAUGACCGGCCAACAAGACUCAACGGCUAUUAAAAUUUCUUUGGCAGAUUUUGAUGGCUAAAAAUCUACGGCGCGAAAUGCAUCAAUUUGAUGGUUCGCUGGCGAUCAGGUGAUCAGGCAAUUCAUUGGCCCUUAAGGUAUGUGCACAAAACAAAGAUGCAUUCUUAACCAACCCCAACUGUAAGGGCACUGUUGAAAAAUCCAUCCUUGCGUAAAUCAAUGGCACAAACUACGUCACCAAAAAUAAAGUUUGCAGACAAAGGAGAGGGUCACUGAAUCGCCCUGAGCAUAGAAAAGUCAAAGCCAGAGGUUGAACGAGUUGACAUUGAGCCCCGCAGUGGUUUAGGGGUGAGUAGCCUACCAAUCUAAAACAACUACUUUCACGGUUUCUGUGUUCUAAAGAAACUUGGAAAUUCGAAAAUUUCCCUAGAAACUUUCCAAAUUAAAAACAACUUGCGUGACCCAUUUUUAACAAGGUUUCAUGAUGACGAGGAAGAGAUAAUGAUGAUGAUCACAUCUUGACGAUGAAAACAGGCAUAGAUUGUUCUAACAUCACUGUUUUACUUUCAACUGAUUCAGACAAAUGAUACUCUCAUCAUUUGAAAAAGCUACGAGACAUGCCUACACAAAGCUAAUGCGAUGUGCCUAUGAAAUGGGUCUCCAGCCCACGAUGCCUCACAAAUACUUUGACCUGUUGGUCAAAUGCCUUAAAGAAAAUAAUGUGCGGCUUAUUGAGAGAAAAGAAGAUGGUAGAACCAGUAGGGAAUUCGUCUACUGUAUCGCAGAGGUUGUUUAAGAGAGAUGCGCAGUAGUUCUCGGGAGUACACAGCUUAUGUCGUUACUCAGCUACAGAAGCCAAGCUCGAAAAACCGUAGCCAAGCUGAAGAAAAGGAACUUAUUCUUAUAAGAUGCGAAAGGAAUGGUAUUCCUACGUAUAUGGUGCUUAGUCCGCUCGGAAUACAGGAGUUCGGGGGGAGCAAUGCAGAUGAUAUCAAGGAAGCACUUGACAGUUAAUUCAAAAAACCUUCAAAAUUUGCAACACAAGAAGAGCAGUAUAUGAAAUGCACAGCUGAUGGUGCCAGUGUGAAUAUCGGGAAAUAUUUGGGAGUUCUUACACAAAUGCGAAACGAACGACCAUGGCUUCUCACCAUGCACUGUGCAAACCACUGCAUUGAGCUUGCCGUAAAAUCUGCAUUUGAUAUACCUGCAUUUAAGGAUUUUGAAGAUUUUUACAAGACUAACUUUUCUCUUAGUAAAAACUCUAGUAAAAUAAAAGGAAAAGUGGGCGAAUGUGCUAAAGGGCUAGGUAUAGACUUUCAUGUUUCGCCAAAAAUCCAUGGGACCCGGUUCAUUGGCAAUCAAAGACGUGGUUUCAAGGUCUCUCGUGGAAACAUGGCCCGCAUACAUUUUGGCAUAUGAGAAUAUCCUCGCUGUUACGAAGUUCCACACAGCAAACGGCAGGAGCAAGUUUUCUGACCUCUUGAAUAAGUUAAGGUCUUACCAGUUUCUAAGCUAUGUGAAUCUGUACCUGUUUCCAAUUUCUCUCCUUUUUGAAGCGGAUAUGCUGAUGCCCUUUGAAGUACCCCUUGCAAUUUCGAGAUUGACGUACAAGCUUGAAGACAAGCUGAAUGAAACAAGGACAAAUGAAGAAUUUUUAAACAGCUAAAUGCACCGAUUCAGGGUGAGCGAGGAUGGCGAACUUUCAGGUUUGUAUGUCAAAGGUUCCCUCACAAGCCACACCAUAAUGUAAAAGAUUCAAAGUCAUCACAUGUUUCAGAAAUUACGGUUAAUCUAAGUUCUCCAAGUCAAAAGCUCUGGCAGAGCUCCCAAGAAUUAGAAAGUCCUGGUCGUGGUGAAGAAACUGUAUUUUGCAAGGAAAUUGAUUCUAUCGUAAUCAUUGAUGGAGAUAAUGUGCAGCUCCCAAAGGUGGUUUUUCACAGGCUUGUUUCUCAAGUCUCGAGCAAGUGUCAUCUAAAAGCAGAAGUAGAACAAUUAAAAAGUCUAUGCAUGAAAAAGUUGGGCAAUCGGGGAACCCCAGUGUCUGACCCUUUGAAUUUCAAAAAGUUAUGUGGAGAAGCUGGUGCUGAAAAAAUAUUCGACUAUGUCAUAAAUGCUAUGGAAAUCAAAUAGCCAGUCAAAUAAGAGAAAAGAAAUCAACGAAUCAAGAGCAAUGUCUAUAAUUUACACACUUAUCUAUGGUCAGUCCCAGCAAGCAAACUGAUUUCAGGUGGCCACUGCCAGGCCCCCAGGAGGUCUAGAAGUCUCAGACAGAGGGGUAAAGGCAUUAAGGAAAACAGGGCUAGCAGCCCAUCCUGAAACUGUAACAAAUAUUACAAAGGAACUAUAAUCAACCCACCUAAACAGAGUUCAUAAAGUUUUUCAAGAUGCAAGAGAAAGUAAGAAACUCGUCACACGUCAUUUAUAGAUGACUUUCACAAUAUACACACUCGCCAACGUCCAUCAUCUGACACACAAACUCAAGUAGUGCACACUGCAACCCGUUAAGUUAAGGAUUCUGUCAAUGAUCUGUUCAUGCAACUAUAGGUUUGUUAAAGCCUCUCCUUUCAAGUAAAAUGAAGCAGUAGUCAAUAAAAUGUAAGUGAAAUGCCAGACGGGUUGCAAGCAAAAUCAAUGGCUGGAUUUAAAUUGGUGGACUGUAUGGAGUUGUCAUUAAAAUCUUAUGAUGAUUUUAUGACUGCAAUGAGGGUUAGUCUUGAAAAUGGCUUGUCUGAUUAUCUUGAGGCAUUUGUGGUUCGCCAGAUGGUCUAUAACUAGAUUAUCUUGACAUCAUUGUCUCAUUUUUGGUCCUCUCCAUAUUUCCCCUAUUGAAGUUUAAUAGAAAGAAAGCUCUUGCUAAAAAACCUAAACCUUGGAGAAUUUCCUUUCUUCUUGAAGUGUUGUAUGGUGGUUGGUCAAUUAUACAUGAUGAAAUCUUGGGAGCCGUUGCUCAUUGCAAAGAUAUUGAAUUCUUAUGGUACAAAGUAUAGAUAUUGAAUUAUUGUUGAUCUAAGUUUUCCUUUUUGCCCCUCUUCAAAUCCAAUGGUGCUAUCAUCAUCACCAUCAUUAUCAUUAGCAUCAUCAUAAGCAUCGUCAGCAUCAUAAGCAGCAGCAUACGCUUUCAAACGCUUUCGUUUGCCGCAAAGCAUCGCGGGAUCAAAAGUCGGACAAACAUCACGAUUCACGAAUCACAAUAAUUGAGAUGGCAAAGAAAGGUGCAACGAAACAUUGCUGCUGGGGAACCUGUGACUCUGAUUCAAGGUAUCCCGAUAGAAUGCCGGAAGGUACAAAAUUAUUCCUGUUUCCCAAGCCAGGCAAGAUUCUCCAGAGCUCUACAUCUUGCAAGUGCUGAGGCUUUACAAUUGCAUUUAGCAAGCUGAACUGAUCCACUGAUGCUUGACAGGCCAAUAACAACAUUUAAUGGCACAUCAUUUUUCAUUGAGUGGUGCACAUGGGCACGUACAAAUAAGGAAUCCUCGAUUUGUUUGUCUUGAAUGUCACUUAUGAAAUCACUUUUCAUCAAAUUCAUACCUUUUCUAAGCGGUUUUGCAGUUGCGGUAUAACCAGUAUUGCUUUCGUCGUUGCUGUCUUCGUCGUUGCUGUCUUCGUCGUUGUUUCCCAUGGCAAACUUUGAGAUGGACUCGGCUAUGUAGUGGUAAACAUGGCCAUAGUUAAACAUAUUCGGUAUGUCACAGGAAGGAAAGCUUUUCCAAUCUUCACCAGGAAUUUUGCUGGGGCAUCUUCGACUUGUAAGCUUGAUCUUUUAAUAUCGUACUAUUUUCCAUCAUCCUGCCUUUGUCUCAAUAGCACCCCUCACUCUGUCUAUCAAAUAUUGUUUCUUUCCCGUCUGCUUUACACCAUGACAUUCGAGCCAUCGUUUCAACUCUAUCACAGAAUAAUCUGAUGGAUCUUUAGAAAAGCAUGACCAGGAACAUCCUCUUCCAUCUUUGAUAUCCAUGUCCAAAAUAACAUCUUUGAUAGCCAAUUUAACCCGAAAGGAUCAAUGCUUACAAAUUUCACAAUCAUGUAUUCACUGAAACAUAAAGGCUGAAGGUACGAUUGGCGUGUUGUUUGUCUGAUCUUCGAUCCCAUCACGCAAUGCGUUCAAAGGCGUGACGUCAAUCGAAUAAAGCGCUAUUACAAAGGCAUUUUUAGCAUCGUUUUGUUGGCAUUGGUGGAUGUAAACUACAAAAUUUUUGUAUGUCAACAAUGGAUGUAAUGGAAGAAUAAGUGAUGGGGGAGUUUUUUUGUGGCAGCUCAUUGUCAGAAGCGUUAAGCAAAAAUCUUUUGGGGAUACCAGCCUCCAGACAACCAACAGGCUCAGAAGUGCAUUACCAUUCGUAAUUGUUGCGGAUGAUGCAUUCGCUCUUCAAAAUAAUUUCAUGAAGCCAUAUCCUUUUAAAGGACUGUCAUCUGAACAGCGAAUUUACAACUAUAGGUUAAGCAGAGCAAGACAUGUUGUAGAGAAUGCAUUUGGAAUAGGUUUCGAGUUUUUUAUCCCCUUUAAAGAUUUAAAGAUUAUCCCCUUUAAAAUAUCCCCUUACAACUACCAAUUUCCUUUGGGAAUUAGUAAGUGGGCAGAUGAAACGAGGGGGCCACAUCAGCCACUGCAUGGUUGGGUGCUUUCAGGGAAACUAAGAAAACUAAAAAGGGAUCCAUUAAUUUUGCUAGAAUAUGAUAAGAUUAUUAGAGACCAAGAAACAUGGGUAUCAUAGAAAGAGUAUCAGCAUUAACAAAUGUUGGCAGUUAUCAUUACUUAGCACAUCAGGCAGUCGUAAGGGACAAUGCAAAAACCACAAAAGUGUGCAUUGUUUUUAUGCAUCUUGUAAGGCUUAAAAGUUAAGUAAUUGUCUUAAUAAUUGUCUUCAUGUAGGCCCACCUAUGACACCUCUUAUUUUUGAACUGGUUUUAAGAUUUAGAAAGUAUAACGUUGCACACAUAGAAGAAAUUGAAAAAGCAUUAUUGAAUAUCGCAAUUGAUCUAUCUGAUGGAGAUUAUUUACGGUUGAUAAUGUUUCCGCAGAACAGCCCAGAAUUGUAAUUUAUUGUUUUAACAGAGUUGUUUCUGGUGUGAAUUCUUCACCAUUUAUUUGAAAUGCAGUUUUACAUCAUCAUAUUGAAACAUUGAAGGAAGGGAAUUUGCAAGCAAAUUAGUAGAAGGAUUCUAUGUAGAUGACCAAUACAUUAAAUCGAAACUUGAGAAACGGAAGGAAAUAGAAUACAUAAAUAUCGGCCUACCGUUUGUUCCAUAACCUUCUAUCAAAGCUUGUGGUGAUUUACCUAUUACUCAGUGACGAAAAAAUGCAACGGGAAAACACCAGAAAAGCAGUAAACAGCCUAAAAAGACUAUAUUAUAUUUUAAAAAGUGUAAAUUAUGCUGUUAUAUCUUGAAAAACUGCGAUUAAACUCUGAAAAUUCAUGAAGAAAACAUGCGAUCGUAUUGCUUAUGUAUAGGCUGCUGGAUCUUAUGCUCUCCAGUAUGGCGUUUCUAUGUGGUAACAAAGCAUGUGACGCCUAGCUGCAAAGAGCCUAUUUCUGUCAAAUUGGUAAAGUGCAUUGGAAUUUCAAAAGUGAGAAAGAUUUCACUAACAUGCAAUCGUCUUGCUCUGACUUGUGCUAAGAAAACGGAAGCUGAGUGGCCUUAUUUACGUCUUAACCUGGAACCACCACCAGAAAGACUUCUUUCUUGUGAACUGCAUGGAUGUGAUAUUGAAACAGAUAUUAUUGCUAACAGACAUGCCCAAGAAAAACCACACCACUUCCUACAGCACCAGAAAAUGAAGAGAAGAGACUGCAUGGGAAAAUUCUGGAGAAAAAUUGUGAGAAGCUUUCGUGUUACAGCAGUUUCUGCCUAACAGCAGAAUUUCUGCUGCAUGUGAAGAUUUUGGAAGACGACUGCUAAACAUGGCUGUAUGCCAUUGCAAAGAUUGUGGCUGGAAGCAGGAUUUUUGCCUAAGUUGUGCCACAUCAAUUCAUAGUGACCGCAACCUUUUUCAUGUAUAUAUGGAAGGUGAGCUUUGCAUUUCUUGUUUUCAUUUUUGCAUCAUGGUAUCUACCCAUAUGAUCAGGAAAUAUAGCAAUUGCACCUGUACAUUAAAGCAAAUAUUUAUUUAAAAUACAUGACUGAAUCACAUUUCAAAUCAUCACUUAUUCAAGCAGUUAAAACAGAACAAAUCUAAAGUACUUUACUGAAUGCUCGAUCUUUUCACACAAAGUUGUUUAAGAUUUUGUAUCACAAUGUUUUAAUUUUACUGGUUUUGUAUACAUAUGAUACUGAUUAUAGUUUAUUUUCAUACUUAUAGGAUGGUGCAUUCAUCCCCCUGUUUCCCAACACAAAAAAUUUAAGUCAAGACAUCACCAGGUCAUGGUUCAUGUGGCAGCAGUGUGACAUCAGAGAAAUAAUAUUCUUAGACUUGCAAUGUACUAAUUAAUAAGAUUUGCUAAAGACAGAGAUAGUAUAAUAGGUUUCAUAGACACUUGUUAUAAUAAAAUAAAGUACAUUAAUUUUUAGAGAGACUCUCAAAACAGUGCCAUGACGUCUCCAUGCAAAGAAGUUUGGAAUCGGCAAACAGAGCGGAUGAAAAUAGCUAUGUUUGCUAAAGUAUUUUGAGUCAUGUAUCAGUGAGUUGAAAUGAAACAACUGUCAUAAAAUGGCAGUCUUUUUCUUAUAAAUGAUUAAUCAAUUAAAAAUGGAUGCUUGUGUGAGUGCAAAAUUAUAUGAAAUGUAUUACUUAUGCACCAUUAUUUUUAAAAGUUUUGGAUGUAGCAUAUUUUGUUUACAUUGUUAUUUUUUCUUUAAAGGGGGCAGCAUAUUAAAAAAGUACAGUUUAGCUCAUGUCAGUCAGAUGCAAAGGCUCUAGUGUCCAUGGGAUUCUGGCAUGGGAUAAUAGGAAGACCAAGAUUUGCUUUUGAUUUGCAACUUAUGAAUCUCUUCACUCAACUCUUUUUUGAAUGCCAUUGCUCGCUUGACAAGCUUUGUGCAAUGAUCUCCUUGUGGAGACAUCCUUCGCUACCAGUAAGAAGAAUUAUUACAAGCAGUACUUUGAUGAAAACAAAAGCAAUAUGAAAAUGUUGUGGACAGGUAUUAAAGAUAUAAAUAGUUUCAAACCAAAUAAUACUGAUACAUUCUCAUAUUUAGUUGAUGAAAAUGGCUUGAAAAUAUCUGAUUCUGUCCAUAUUGCAAAUGAAUUUAAUGAAUACUUUACAAAGGUAGCUGAAGGAAUCACUAAAAAAAUCCCAAGAACUCAAAAAUCUCCUUUAUCUUUCUUAUCAAAUUCAAACUCUGAUUCUUUUUUCAUUUCUUCAUGUACAGUUAACGAGGUAUCUAAUGUAAUACAAUUACUAAACAAUGGCAAGUCCUCUGGACCAAAUUGCUCUGAUCUCUCAGCUCUAAUAAACGAGUCCUUCACAACUUGCAAUUUUCCUGAAAAUCAAAAAAUUCUGAAGGUAAUUCCAAUAUUUAAGAAAGGUCUAAAGACCGAAACUUGUAACUACAGACCAAUUUCAUUGCUUUCCAUUCUUAGUAAAAUAUUUCUCUUUUUCUUAUGAACAGCUGUAGGCAUAAUGAACGCAUCAAAGUCACUUGUGUUCAUAGGAUUUCUUUGGUAAUUGAAAUUAAACGCCUUUACUUGUUUGGAAAGAAACCUAGGUUCAGCAUAUGAAAUAAAUUCGAAUUCUGCUGAAAAGCAUUUUAUUGGUUGACAAUUUUCAUUCCAGGGUAACAGUAGAGUAAGUGAAAAAGACGGAUGGACUUGGAGGCUAUGGACUAUCAGUGCCUCUAGCGAUUUAAAAAUGCAGCAAAUGACGUUAGUAAAAGGUUCUGCAAAUGACAUUAGGUUCUUGUCAAAGGUUCUUUCGAAGGUAUCCAAUGUGUAGCUGGGUGCGGUGGUAACUAGCUACAAUGUGUACUGUAAGUUUUGAGGCAAAAUAAUGUCCACCCCUCUGUAUUUUGCUCAGCUCCCACCACCUACGUUGGCAAGUAAAACUCUGUAGAUGAUAGAGAGACAGAAAUGAUGGCUGCUGUUGGGAGGUAUUUUCAUUCAAUUAUCAAAUACCCCCAAGCAGAGCAAAAGGAGCUGUCACAAUGUGAACACUGUUCAAGUUAACUUGUUUUACUUGAAGAAAACUUUAAAAAUCUAAAUUCACGGCUCACCCCUUGUAUUAAUGGUUAAUCCUACAGUUAGCCCCACGGUUAACCUUCUUUAGAAUGACAAGCCAUGGCUACAAAAUGAGGGCUAGCCCCUCUCAGAAUUGAACAUAUAUUAAGUUUUUUUCAAGUUAAAGGGUUAAGGAAGGUUAACUGUUGAUUCGUGUUUCAAAAGCUUUGUUUAUAUUAUUAACCACAACCAUGAAGUCAAUGAUACCUUCCCAACAGUAUUACUAUUUCCGAUUUGUACGGUAAUGUUGAAUCACCAUCCUAAUAAAACAUUGGAAUACAGUGUGAUUUAUAUGUAAUAAAGUUGUUGUAAAUUGUUAUUAGUAACUCUUAGUUGGUAUUCAAAUUAUCAUAUGAUACAGUUUUCUUCUAUAGGUCGACUACUUAUCCAUAGACUUGCAUUUAGUUUACAGUAGAGUGUCUAGAUUUUUCAUGUAUUUUGUUCAGAGAUAUUUGAUAAAUGUUUAGAUAUUGUCCAGUUAGAUAUUGUUUAGAUAUUUGUUAAAAAGCAUCAAAACUGUUCAAUUAAUGUUAAAAAUAUGAAACUUGGUGACAAGGUGCUAUGAUGAUCAAUUUAGGAUUUGGAGCCACUUCUAAAAAUAGAUUUUUGACGCCAUCAUGACGUUAUAAAUGCAAAAUUUAUAUAUGAUAUUACAAAAAGAAAAUUGUUAACUAUAUCGAGAUUGAUGCUUGGCAUAGCAUUGCCUACACAUGCGUGAGGUCUAUCUCAACAAAAUGUGCAAAAAGUGCCAAAAUUUUGCUGCGCAUGCGUCACUUUUUGCUAAUCACUUGGGUCCUCAAAUCUGCAAAAAAUCAAAAAUAUAUUUUUAUGUUUCAUUAUGGUA